AUGGCAAAAUGUAUGUUCAGACUGCCAAGUUUUUUUUUAUGCGUAUACUAAACUGUUAUGAACAGAAAUAUAUCCUAAUUUGAAGCACUUUUAAAAGUUUUGCUUCCAAACAGUGGGCAUUCUUAAAUAUAAACCCACCACAGAUGCGGAGCAAAAUGUCAGAUCAUCAGUGAAUUUGUCCACAAAGUCUUAGUGCAGAAGGUGGAGAUGGAGGUGGAGAGUGAGAGGGAGACUCAGCCCCUCCUCUCCCUCCUCUCUCCUCUCUCCUGGCCGAAGCCAAGCUUUCCCUCACCUCACCUCGACACGGUGUCUCCAGCGCAUCCCCUCCCACCUCAGUGGCCUUACAUCACGGGCCAGCGUCGCCUCUGAUUCAAACCCCCGAAACCUCACCAUGACCUCGGCGAGAGGAGCAACGAGGAUGUCUCCACCAGGAACGUUUUUAUAACGCCAACUUAAAAAGCACUGCAGGUCUACGGGGUUAUAUGAGGUGCCAGCCACAGAUGUAGAGCGUGAGAGAGAGGGAGGGAGGGAUGUGACAACUGAAAAACUGAAGAGAGACAGUCCCAUGGGCCAUAGCAGAAGGAAGCUGGCAGAGUGGAGAUGUUCAGAAAGAGGCCUCCUCCAGAGGAGGAGAGAAGGGUCAGAGCCAACGACAGAGAGUACAACGAGAAGUUUCAGUAUGCAAGUAACUGCAUCAUGACAUCCAAGUACAACAUCAUCACCUUUCUGCCCGUCAACCUGUUUGAGCAGUUCCAGGAAGUGGCCAACACCUACUUCCUUUUCCUGCUCAUACUACAGUUGAUACCUCAGAUCUCCUCUCUCUCCUGGUUCACUACCAUCGUGCCUUUAGCUCUGGUCCUGAGCAUCACUGCAGUAAAGGAUGCCACAGACGACUAUUUUCGUCACAAGAGCGACAACCAAGUGAACAACCGUCAGUCUCAGGUUCUCAUCCGUGGCUCGCUUCAGAAUGAAAAGUGGAUGAACGUUCGAGUGGGUGAUAUCAUUAAACUGGAAAACAACCAGUUUGUGGCAGCUGACCUGCUCCUGUUGUCCAGCAGUGAACCUCACGGGCUCUGUUACAUUGAGACAGCCGAGCUGGACGGAGAGACCAAUAUGAAGGUGCGUCAGUCUGUCUCGGUGACAUGUGAACUUGGAGACCCAAACAACUUGGCUUCAUUUGAUGGUGAGGUAGUGUGUGAGCCCCCCAACAACAAGCUGGAUCGUUUCACCGGGACUCUGUACUGGAGAGACAAGAAAUACACCCUGACCAACCAGAACAUGCUGUUACGAGGAUGUGUCCUCCGCAACACUGAGGCCUGUUACGGCCUGGUCAUCUUUGCCGGCCCAGAUACCAAGCUAAUGCAAAACAGCGGUCGCACCAAGUUUAAACGUACGAGCAUUGAUCGUCUGAUGAACACUCUGGUCCUCUGGAUCUUCGGCUUCUUGGUGUGUAUGGGUGUGAUCCUGGCUGUGGGUAAUGCAGUGUGGGAGCGAGAGGUGGGCUCCCUGUUUCAGAGCUACCUGCCUUGGGACCCUCCUGUAGACAACUUCCUGUUCUCAGCCUUCCUCUCCUUCUGGUCCUACGUCAUCAUUCUCAACACCGUGGUGCCUAUCUCGCUAUAUGUCAGCGUGGAGGUGAUCAGGUUGGGUCACAGCUACUUCAUUAACUGGGACCAGCAGAUGUUCUGCUCACAGUGUAACACAGCAGCUGAGGCCAGGACCACCACUCUGAAUGAGGAACUGGGCCAGGUUGAAUACAUCUUCAGUGACAAAACUGGAACUCUCACUCAGAACAUCAUGAGCUUCAAUAAGUGCUCUAUCAAUGGACAGACUUACGGUGAAGUGACAGACCUGUUGGUACCUCAGCAAAAGAGACUGGACUUUACUCCCUUCAACCCCCUGGCGGACCCGGACUUCUGUUUCUAUGACGACACCCUGCUGGAAUCAGUGAAAGUGGGAGACUUGCACACUCACGAGUUUUUCCGCCUGCUCUCCCUCUGUCACACUGUCAUGAGUGAGGAGAAGAGUGAGGGAGAGCUGGUUUACAAGGCCCAGUCUCCAGAUGAGGGCGCUCUAGUGACAGCAGCUCGGAACUUCGGUUUUGUGUUUCGCUCACGAACGCCUGGGACGAUCACCACCACAGAGAUGGGACGAACAGUCACCUACACUCUGCUUGCUAUACUGGACUUCAACAACAUACGGAAGAGGAUGUCUGUUAUAGUGCGUAACCCAGAGGGCAGGAUCCGGCUGUACUGUAAAGGAGCUGACACUGUGUUGUUGGAAAGACUCCACCCCUGCAACCAGGAACUGAUGAAUAUCACCUCAGACCACCUCAAUGAGUAUGGAGCAGAUGGGCUGCGGACCCUGGCUCUGGCCUACAGGGACCUGUCAGAGGACGAGUGGGAGGCGUGGUCCGAGAGCCACCGCUGCGCUGACAAGGCCACCGACUGCAGAGAGGACCGUCUAGCAGCCGCUUAUGAGCAGAUAGAACAAGACAUGAUGCUGCUGGGUGCCACAGCUAUAGAGGACAAGCUGCAGGAAGGCGUACCAGAGACCAUCGCUGUCCUCUCCCUGGCUAACAUCAAGAUCUGGGUUCUCACUGGAGACAAACAGGAGACGGCUGUCAAUAUAGGUUACUCCUGUAAGAUGCUGACAGAUGAUAUGACUGAGGUGUUCAUCAUCAGUGGACACACUGUCCAGAGUGUACGGCAGGAACUCAGGAGGGCGAGAGAAAGGAUGAUCGAGCUGUCACGAAGCAGAGAUGGAGUGAAGGAGCAGGGGAUGGAGAGAUGGGUGGAGACCUGUUUCAUGGGUAACGGCUUCAGCGACAGACAAAAUGGAAAUGGUACAGGAGGAGGAGCAAGGCACUGCAGCUGUUUCCCUCCCCCUCAACCACCACCCUCUAACCUCAUGGAAAAUAUCUCUGGAGAGUUUGCCCUUGUAAUCAACGGUCACAGUCUGGCCCAUGCACUAGAAGCAGACAUGGAGAUGGAGUUUGUGUCAACGGCGUGCGCAUGCAAAGCAGUGAUCUGCUGCAGAGUCACCCCGCUGCAAAAAGCUCAGGUGGUGGAGCUCAUCAAGAAACACAAGAAGGCCGUCACGUUGGCCAUAGGAGACGGCGCUAACGACGUUAGCAUGAUCAAGAGUGCUCAUAUUGGAGUUGGUAUCUCAGGUCAGGAGGGGAUCCAGGCUGUGCUGGCCAGUGACUACUCCUUCUCCCAGUUCCGCUUCCUGCAGCGCCUUCUGCUUGUGCACGGCCGCUGGUCCUACUUGCGCAUGUGCCGUUUCCUCUGCUACUUCUUCUACAAGAACUUUGCCUUCACCAUGGUGCACUUCUGGUUCGGCUUCUUCUGUGGCUUCUCUGCCCAGACGGUGUAUGAUCAGUACUUCAUCACACUCUACAACAUUGUCUACACUUCCCUCCCCGUGCUGGCCAUGGGGAUUUUUGACCAGGAUGUCCCUGACCAGAGAAGUCUGGAGUAUCCUAAGCUGUAUGAGCCUGGGCAGCUCAAUCUCCUCUUCAACAAGAGAGAGUUCUUCAUCUGCAUUGCCCAGGGCAUCUACACAUCAGUGGUGCUGUUCUUUGUCCCCUAUGCCGUCCUGUCAGACGCCACUCAGAGCACUGGAGAGCCCCUCGCUGACUACCAGACCUUUGCUGUCACCACGGCAACAGCCCUGGUUAUUGUGGUCAGCGUACAGAUUGCUCUUGACACAGGCUUCUGGACACUUAUCAACCAUGUGUUUGUGUGGGGCUCUUUGGGCUCCUACUUCACCAUCAUGUUCGCUCUGCACAGUCAGACUCUCUUCAGGAUCUUUCCCAAUCAGUUCCACUUCGUAGGUAGUGCCCAGAGCACGUUAUUGCAGCCAGUCGUGUGGUUAACUAUUGCAUUGGCAACAGCAAUAUGCAUAGUUCCAGUUUUGGCAUUCCGCUUCCUCAAGUUGGACUUGAAACCUCAGCUCUCAGACACGGUGCGCUACACUCAGCUGGUGCGGCAGAAGAAGCGGAAGCCAGUAGGUCGUAGCGUGGGAAGUGCCUGGCGUGGCGUGGGCAGUGUGUCAGAAGGCCGUCUGGGCGCUCGCGGCAGUUCUCGGAGGUCAGGCUACGCAUUUGCCCACCAAGAGGGAUUUGGGGAGCUGAUCACCUCAGGGAAGAACAUGAGGCUCUCGUCUCUUGCUCUGGCCACCUUUGCCUCCAGACACAGCUCCAGCUGGAUCGACACCCUCCGCAGGAAGAAACAUAAUCACAGUCACACUCCUCCCAGUGCCUCAGGGGAGUGCAGCCCAGCUCCCAGUUGUGUCUCUGGGUCAGUUCCACCACUCUCAAACUCCUCCUCUGUUCUGGGCGGCUCACAAGAUACACCCAUCGAGGAGGAAACAGGUACAGCACCAGCUCAAAAUACACAGACUGUUCCCACCUCAUCCGCACAAACUCCACCAGUUUUAGCAGCAGCUUCAGAAACAGUUGCACCUCAGAGUCCAGCCCAAGCCCCCAAUGCUGGCGUCCCCCCCUCCACAGCAGUGAAGUCCCAUGGGGGAGACUCACCUGGAGGCUGGACGCUCACUCUGGGGACUGUGCAGGAAGCUCUGUUCAGUUGGAGGGCUCGCACCAAUGCAUCCAAUAGCCCAGGACCACCUGCUGUUGCCAAGGAAACCAGUCAGAUCGAGUGAAACAUUCAGUAUAAAUGGAGGAGUUACUCGUUCGCUACUGUCCAUCAGAUCUUUGCACACACAUAGAGGAUGUGUUGAGAGUACUGAACACACAUGGACUCAAGGAAGUGUUAUAAAAAAAACGCUAUGUUGUUUAAAAAAAACUCUACGCACAGUACUCCUCUCUCUGUUUCCCAAAUGAUUCAAAACAAAUUCAUUAAAUCCAAAUCACAGGAGGAAGUGGCACAUCCUCAUGACACAGACUCUGCCAACUAUAAAUUGAGAUUUAAUGGUGAGAUAAUCGUUCCCACAGCGUAUGAUGACUGUGUUUGUGAAUGACUUUCAAAAUCAUAUGAUUUAUAUAACUGAAUAACAGUAGCAGGUGCAGAAACAGAUGUCAAGAUAACUUACUAUUAAAUGUUUUAGAUUGUUUCCAAAUAACACAGUUAUUUCACAAAUUCGCUUCUCUCACAAGCAAGCAUACACAGUCACACAUCAAUUCUCAAAAUCAACAAUGAUUUGAAUGAAUGAGCAGAAUCGCAAGACUUUCAAGGAAGUGCAGGCAUUAUUAGUAAGUGUUUUUCUGUCAAAAAAUAUCCUCAAGUGUCUGUGUUCACUAUAGUUCUCAGUGAGAACGGUACUUUUAGUUACAGAACACUGCAAGACUUUUCCCCUUUUGUCUCAUCGAUCCGUUUCUUACCUCUACUCCACGUUUUCUUUGUUUGCAUCAUAUUGAUGUGUUUUAUAAUGGCCCAGUUAAGUUGCACCUUAAAGCUCUCUGCUGCUGUCCCUCCUCUUUGCAAGUGAGGCCUUUUUUUGGUCUGACAAAGGGCCAGAUCAUGUUAUUGAUUGUACCUCUGAUGCAAUGUCUCACACCAACACAGGCUGAACGGAAAGAAAAGACAGACUGCCACUGGCUUACUCUGCAAAGGAACUUUGUGGGGAAAAAAGGCAGUUAUGGAAGUUUAAAGGCAGUUUGUCAAAGUCUCACUCCUACAUAUUGACAUUUUGUGUGUGAACAGUCGUGCUGAUUCAUACACUUGAGUAAAGUGCUUUAAAUUUUUAUUUGUCCAUGAAUGAAGGGAAAGUGGUUGGGGAUAAUCAUGCCUUAACAAUGCCAAAAUGUUGGUCCUACGAGCUCUUUCUGGUUCUGUUAAGUUCUGCUUUAUAGAAGAAUAUAACAUCCCAUCUGUGUUGCAAAUGCUCCUGACUGUGAUUGGAGUGAGAUCAUCAUUAAGUAGGGUAACCUGAGGAACAAUAUAAACCUGUUCUCGGAUCUGUCCCUGUACCACAGUCAUCGACAAAGCAGCUAAAUAAAAAAACACCAGAAUGUUGACAAGGUUUGUGAAAACAAGGCAAAACCAUUUGGAAAUGAAUGUACUGUGCAGCAUGAAUUGUUCUCGGAGGGGUCUGCUUUUAGGUGGAACAUGGAGCUGUUGAGUGUUGGUCAAUAAACAUGUCAUCUCUCUUUCAUGUGAGAGAAACA